CCUGAACGUUAAUUAAUCUGGUAGUUUUGAACGUGAAGAUCUUGUGUAGACGCUCAGGCUUGCUUGUAAAUACUUACGACUUUAUCUUCCUUUUUUCGUCUCGCGUGAAAUAAUCUGAUGCUCAGAACUAGAAGUGAAUUCAUAUGGUGCAGCAACAACGCCAACGCUUCUGCGAUCGGGGAAUAGAAUUGUCAGCACCACAAGACGAGAGCAAAGCGACCACCAGCUAAGUUCUUCAUCGCCGCAUCAGAGAAGUUUUUUUGCACACAACAACUCCAUCGGCACUGCACGCACUGCAACAAAUAGGAGCUGGACCACCGCUACAGUGUCGACAAACUGGACCCUGUGCUUGUUUUACGAUAACAAUGCACACUACAAAAGCAAAAGGGACCACCACAACCCCCUCGAGCCGCAGCUUCAACUUGCACUACAGGUUUUCGUGGCCGCUCUUGUGUUUCUUCGCCCCGGCGGGGCGGUUUGUGGAGUUCUCCCUCGGUUUUGGAGGUGCAGAUAAGAGGACAAAUCAGGAACAACAUGGGAGGCAACGGCAUGAGGGGACGUCGUCUACUGCCGCGGAAUCAUCAGCGAUUGAGCAUCAAGGCCUUUCUACCGCUUCUUUCGGAGAUGACCAGGCGGUGCACCAAGAGGCCCCGAGCAACAUCUUCUUCAACGACGGCGCUGUGUCUUGCCCGGAGGCCACGACAUCGGCCGCAGAUGGGCCCAGCACGAGGGGGACACUAGUGUCCACGCUAAAUUUUCCGAGCAAGUUAUGUCUGCUCGCACAAAAGCCACCGAAGCAGCAGCAGCGUCAGCGGAAGUUACUGAGUAGUCCAAUGUUGAAAGGGCCUCUGGACAACGACGUCGAUCAUGCGAGCGACGUAGAUGGUGCUCCAGAGCUGCAUGCGAGUGGAGACGGCACUACAGCCACUUCUACCCUGCGGCUUCUGACAAGUUCUGGGGCCAAUAUGAAACAUGAGCAAGCUCCUGGUAAUGGCAUUACUUCUUCAACAACAUCUGCUGGUCAUGCACCAGGAGCGCGGGGGGCUCUACUUCCACCCGGGUCAACUGCUAGCAGUACUAGUGCACUACUACAGCAGCAACCGCCCUCAUCCUCGCAGCACAAUAAUUUUCGCGAUUUUCACAAUGAGGUGCUAAGAAGGCUGGCGGAGUUGAAAAUCGCCGAUGAGGAUGGUGAAAAUGACCACGAGAUGUUGAACCACGCGCAGCUUAUUUCUAGUUCCGGUUCCGAAGCAGAGUCGGCGAGGACUUCGUGGCGGUCAUUGGCCGUGUCUCCUACCAGUCACCAGCCCUUGAACGAGAAGAAGAAAAAACUUUCCACCCAUAGACCGCUGCAUGCGCGAAGUAGAGUGAGGUUUCUUUCGUCCACCUCAGGAACGAUUGAUGCAGCAUCGUCUACGUCACGCGACACAGAGAUGAUGUUCUUGACCUCUGGUGUUGGCAGCACAGGACCGCCAGGGCUGCAGGGGCAUCAUCAGCACCAGAACCCGGGGCAACAGCAACAUACUUUGGGCAGGUCAUCAGAGUCGUGUUUGCCUUCUUCUACGGGUCGUGCUGGGCUGCAAAAGGACUUUGCCUCAUGUUUGCAGGACGUAGAAAUGAUUCCUAGCUUCGCCUCGACGCCGAAGCGAGACGAGAUUUUUCCAGAUCAUGCCGGGCUUGCGCAACUACACCAGAGCAGAUCUCCCAUGUCGGAGGUGGCCGCUGUUGAUCACACACUGCACGGACAGAGCCAAGAACUACAAGCGACAGUCUUGCAUGAACAGACGGUCCAAGAACUCGGAAACAACAUGAAAGAAGCUGCAGCACAACAAGCAGGCCGUGCUGGACCUAGCGCCGCUGUGGCUCACAUCGGAAUUGAAGAUGAGCAACGUCCUGGAGUAGACAACAUGGAAUUGAAAAUUGCGAUGCGGGGCCUCUCUUCCGACGAUAAUUACAAGAGCUCGGACGAAAUCUCUGCGGGAACGAUAAACUCAGAUUUGAUACCUUUCGAUAUUGAACUACAAAGUCAAGAACAGGUCUCAAGAACAUUUUCGCGCGACGCAAGCAUGAUUUCGGAAGGUAGCGGAAAGAAUCUCGGAUUAGCACCUGCUUCGUCCGCUGCAUCGGAAGCGGAGCACCAGCAGGGAACGAUGAGUACAAAGGCCGGGAAGCAAUCGCCGCUAGGUUUUGACUCGUCGACCUGGGAAAAAGUUAAAGACAAGAACGUGACUUCUGCCACUGUGGUAGAAGAGCAACGAUUUCCGUGUGUAGUGCCACCGAAAGUUGUAGACGAGGAUGCUUCUACGGCAGGCACGGGGACUAGAAUUACUGCACCUGCAGACAAUGUUGACAAUGCCGAGGAACAAGCUCGCAUCGAAGAACAAGAUCCGUUUUCGUCAGCCUCUCAACUACCCGGUAAAAAAAUUUCCUCGCGCCGCAGCACUUCUUUAGGCGGAGAACACCAGCACUACUACACCUUCGAGAACUACGGUAAUCAGCUUCCGUCCAGCAACGUGAGCAGCUCCCGGUCGACGGAAGCGCCGAACACUCUGGCGCACACCACGCCGAAGAUCGGCGACGGGGUGUUCCCUGGAGCGGGUAGUACACGCCCCGGAACCCCGUCUCAGAGCGCAACACUUAUUCCGAGAAAGUUUGGCGGUUCUCUCGUAAAAACGGUAUCAUCCGGUGGAAACCUGUACGGAGGACAAGCGGCACCUGCUUCCGAACCUUUCACCAGAAGUACGAGCUGCGGGGGUGACACGACUCGCAACGGAGCGGGAAGUGAAUUCGAAAUCUCUCGGCAAGGCAGCAUUAACGCGAUGCAGGAACUCGCCAGUGGCGCAGCAGGGGGUACUGGUCUCUUGCCAACAUUUCUGGGCAACAUCGAGGAAAGAUCCGCAACUAACUCUCUGCAAAACUCCAGCAACAACGUGACAUUUCAGUGCAAUCUUCCAGAUGCAGCUAGGGAGAUGAGUGCAACACCCAAAAAUAACGAUGAACCAAUGCUAGGCAAUGAGGAUUUCUGGGGUUCAUCUAUUUCGGCCUCUUUGGAUUCCACACCAAGGGCCAGCAGAGGGACUAGUUCCUUUAGCGAAAGAACGAGAUCAAGGCUGCAGAGCGACGAAGUGGAACAAGUGCUUUCUGGUAGUGAUGCAGCAGCUGGUGGUGAUGCAACUUCUACGACUGCUGCUGGUGCAAAUGCUGCUGGCGCACCAGCAGGGGCGGCGACGCCAGGCCCAGCCACGCAACUAUUUCCCCCGACCACCGCCGGGCAGCUCCAGCUUCUUCAAGAGGAACGAGAACCACCAGAAGACACAUCGCCCCCGAUAGUUUCGUCGGGAGAUUAUAAUAUCAAGGGGGGUGACCCGGAUCCCACAAGUGCUUCGAGAUCGAGUCCCGCCACUUCAGAUGCUAGAGUCUCCAACGCAGUUGUAGCUCCACAGCCAGAGGUCCUCGCAGGAAGUGAAGAUCUUCUACCAGCAGAAGAUGACAAGGACCAAAAGUUGUCCUCGACGGCAUCUUUUUUAUCCGCCGAAGAAAUGGAGGUGAACGCUUUGAAACACGUUGCGGAGAUUGGGGUGCGGGAACUGCAGAAAUUUCUCGGGCAAAUCGGAGUUUCUGUUGCGGAUCUGACGCGAGGUAUGGUGGAAGAACUGCAAGCGACGGAUGUUGUUGACUUCGCAGAAAUAAGACCUGCGGAAGAGGACCAUGCUUUCGCGCAAAAGACGUGGAUGAGCAACCUUUUUCCGCGAGAAGAACAGCUGCAUUAUUCUGCUUUGAAUUCUCUUCAAAAACCCGCCGUCGAAAAGGAACAAGAACAACAAAUCCCUCUAAAUCUGCUCUCCGCUCCGUCGAACGAGGUUAUCGUGAAAACGUGGCGCAUAUGCACUGCAAAAGUAUCGCACUCGUAUGAAAGCCAGUAUUUUUGCACGAGCUGACUUAGGUAAUUCAGCAUGACAAACUCCAUUUGCCAGGUGGAACAAAUUUGUGAUGCAAGUCAUACUAGUAAGUACGAUGCUUUUGCAAUGCAUAGCGCACCCCAGCGACGUCCUCCGUUAGCUCCUCUUUUGAAGAAAAGAGCUCUUCCCGAAACCCGAAGUUUCUCAGCCUGGAGCCGAGGCUCUCGUCAGACCACGACUUCCAGGGGAUGGCCGUGUCGCACCCGAGCGGGUUUUUUUCUACGAAGAAGAAGGAGGAAAUGUGUUCGGUGGAGGAGUAUUUUUACGCCAGGGAACAAUCGGAGGCGUUGUUCCUGGAAGAUCUGUCGCGGAGCCGAAGCACUUUGCUCGGCACGGGUGACGCAAGUUCUCUAUUGGCGGAUCAAAGUGUGCAAUCUUCAGAACAACCAGACCGGGCUUCUACGCCAGAACUACCGCGUGAUGGGAACAAAGAGAGAGAAGAGCAAGAAGACGGUUAUUUUUCCUCCUCCCACUGGCUGUUUCCAUCUGAAGGGAAGAGCAAUAAAGCGGCAGUAUUCUCCAAGAUCCCCACUGUAGCAGAGAUGACGCAGGAGUGGCUGGACGCAGAGGCAGAGAAGAUAGAAAGAUUAUGGCAAGGGAUUCUCGAUCAUGGUGAUGGAGGAGAACAAGAUGGCGACCACGGGCACCAGACAAGGUUCAAUGCGAACCGGCUGGAAAAACUUUUCAAGCUGGACGAAGCGUACAAAUUUUCCUCCAACACGCUGUUUCAGCAGAAGUAUUUUUCAACAACAUCCGGGCAGCAACAAGGACUACAUAAUUCUCUGAAGCCGCAACCUUGGAAAGAGCUCGCGGAGAUGCUCGCUACAACUGCGACUUCCUCCGACGAGCUGCAGCGUCAAGCCACCGCGGGGAAAGAGGCCACUAGUGUAACAGGAGACGAACACCCCGCUGUGAAGAAGAUGAUGUCUCGGACCUCUCAUCCCCCACGGCGCCACUCUUCAAUACUAUUCCAGGAUUUUGAAUCCCAGCUCUGGUGGCAGCUCGCAGCCCGGUUCGCUUUUUUGCGGAGAACGUACGGGCAGGUGACCCCGCAACAGUGGAAAAAUGCGUCCAAAACUUCCGAUUUGCACCGGAUCUUCCCCUACUUGAAGAGAGAAAACGAUUCCUACCUGUAUUUUAGCUUGAAGAAACCGGAAUCCGCGGACCAGUUAAUCAAGCUAUCGAUGAUUGACUUCCCAGUGCUGGUACGAACUUUGCGGUUGGCUUCGACAACAACAGGGGGGACGAGGACCUUCGCGGGCAAUAGAUCAUACAGCGGGGUGGAUCAUCAUAAUUUGUUGUCUGCGAAUUUCUUCAGCGGUCUUUUACAGCGGAAAAAUGGUGGACGUCAGCGAAAUGUUGUCGAGUCAUCUUCUUCCAGUCGUGGCGCGGCCUCCAGAGUUGGACUAGCAGCUACUGGUCCCUCCUCCUCUUGCCCGAGAAGUCCGUUGCUCGCGCCUUUUUCCCUACCACCCGCGGCGGUGAGUUUAAGCAAAUCCAGUCUGCCCGAUGUGGAUUUGGGCUUCGCAGCAGUAGCCGGUGCAGCUGUUUCUCAUGAACUACAAGCAAAUGACCACCCCUUCGAGCUGUCGUAUGAAGAAGAUGACGCGAGUACUAGAUCCCAAUAUGGUACGCCGCCGGCCAGCGAAGCUGCGGCCUCUUGCUACACGGCAAGAUCUUGUGCCCCGAAGUCGGUCUGCGAUGUUGUGAUGGAAGAGUUGCAACAUCAGCAACCAGUACCAGUACAGCAACUAACCACCUGGUUUGAAACGAGCACCAAAUCACCGUAUCUCCUGCAAAUUCUCCAAGACUUUCUUAUCUUCAACCAAGAAAAACAGUACCGGCAAAGUUCUGCUUCAGCCAGCAGCAACAAUUUGUCCUGGACGGAAACGGGGAAUUCGUGGCCGAAUGUGGACUCGUUUACCUCGCCCGAUGAGUUGUACAAGUUGAUUGGGCAGUAUGAGAAAUCGUUUCAGAAAGCAGAGCAAGGAUCUUCAUACGCGACGGCGGGUAGUACUCAACAACAAAACAAGCUUUUGAACUUUGACCUCCGUGUAGGCAGUUUCUCUUCCAAGUUUGAUUUCGUUGGGAAAAUAACGGCUGCUGCUGGUGCGCCGCGUCAUCCGGGUGGAGGACUGCAUGACGGCUCCUAUGCGACCGCUCAGGAGGUCGUGCCGCAUGGGAAGGGGAGACUGCGCUUGGGGGAUCUAGGGUACUAUGACAAUGUCUGCAAAAUAACUCUGCGUUCUAUUGAUGUCAUCUUCCUCUUCUCUGGUGAAGUCUUUGUCGCAAGAUGUGCCAUCGUGCUGCAACAACGCAUUGUUUUUCUGAUGCUAGAAUCAAGAACAAAAUCAAAAACUUUUAGUCUUUCUUUAAAAAAAUCUUCCUCAGGUGGUUCGUCGGGAACUUCGCGAAUGGCAAACGUUCCGGCCUUAUCAAAUGUAAAAAUGUCUGGGUCUGAAAGAAUGCAACUUGUGAUGCUGAAUUUGGAUUCCAAAAACAUCUGUAUUGCAUGAGCAGCAAAGGGAAUGCAAUUUUUGCUACGCGGAGAGGGAAUUUGUCAUGCGGAAUAGGCAUCGCGAAGCCCUCAAAAAAUCUGUGAUGCUAGGGCAUGCAUCACAGACAUCAUGGCCAAUGCAAAACAUGCACGACAAGUCUCAGAACCUUCCAGACCCAGACAUUUUUACAUUUGAUAGGCCUCGGUCUGAUGUUCACGCGCAGCAAGAUCAUGAUUGGGUUCUACGAGCACAAUGUCCCCACCGGGUGGCACGUUGUCGUGGAGGAUUUCGAUUUGAAUUUGACUGGAACAAGUGACGCUGCAGAUGAUGUUGAAGCGGCUGGGGAUACAACGACGACAGAUUCUCUGAAGUUCACAACACAGUUCUUCAAGACCAAGGCGAGCGUGGAGGAUUUUCGGCCGCAACCAACUUCCACGAGUCACGUGGUCUCCACAAGUUGUGCUCCUGCCAUUACAGCGACAGCGUCCCCGCAACAGCAACUCCAGCGACCUUUUCUAUCCGCAAGUGCUUCCAGGGAUAGUGCUACGGGCGCAACUUCUUUCCUCCGCAGCAGAAGCCCCAGUCCGACCACCAGUCCCUUGCUGCGCCCGAGCGAGAUUUGUCGUGGACAGCAAUUGGUUCCGCAACAACAGCGGCAACACAAGCAGGGUAGUUCCUUCUUGACCGCGAGUCGGGAGAUCACUGUGAUGUUCCAGUAUGGAAGGAUACAAGUUUCUGACGGGGGAAGCAGAAAAGGAUCUUCAGCGAACAAAUCUACUUCUCCAGAAGAACUUGCCAAAUUGGAUGAAGAAGCUGCAGAUCUUGCUGCUGGAGACGUUACCAUCAUCAACCCCGAGGAGGAAAAAUUCGAUUGGAAGCUGAUCUAUACGGCGCCGAGUCGGGAGCCUGAAAGGCCGCACUUCCACCACGCGGACAGUUGGGAAAACCGCUACACUAACACGCAGCGGGGCGACAGGUGGUACGGCGGCUUUCGCGAUGACAAUUACGACUAUGACCACGACGAGUGGGGAUCUUCUUCUUUCCCGUACUAUGACCACAACAAUCUUCACGCAAAGAGAAUGCGAAAAGCGAACUACGGUCGGGGCAACAACUUCGUGAAGCUAAGUUUAGGGGAUUCUUUGGCGAAGCUGUUGCAGGUCGGUGCGUUUGAGCUGAAUCCGCAGCUGCGGGCGACGAGGACCCAGGACGGGAAAAUGAUGAACGGUACUAGUUCAACAUCGGGGCAAGUAGAAAACAACGGUGACCAGAAACUAGCACAAGCAGUGCCCCCGUCAGGGCAGCAUCAGCCGAUCAACAGCUCGGUUAGACACCCACAGGGAAUUCGUCGGGGGUUGUUGCUGUAGUUGAGAGUGAUCGAUAUGGUCGCCGGGGGCGCGAAAAUGGGGCGGACACAACGGCCGUAAAAAACAUCAAAAGAAUUGUAGAAACGGGGAAGCAGGUGCAGGAUUGAUAGUGCUGCGCCACUAGUACAUGCCUUUGCUUUACUAUGCAUUUUUGAAAAAUUGAAAGCCACAGUAUAGAAGACGAAGAAAUUGAAAACAAGAACAAAGUGCUUGCAUGCUACACAAGUAAGUAAGGCUGUACAAGAUGACUUUAAUACAACAUGUCAGAAAUAAGAAUAACUACAUGCGAUAUAGAUUUUCUCUACUAGUAGAUCAAUCGGAGGACGACCACGACCGGAAAUGAGUGUGCGGGGGUUGUAAGAUUUCUUUUACAAUCCUAUUGGAAGAACACUAACCAGAACCGUUGUAGGAUGAGUUUGUCCAUGCGGACUCCUUAUGAUUUUGAGGAUAUGGAUGCGCAUAACAGCACUAAGCUUGUAUCCUGUUCAAGUUCAAUACGCUUGUAGAAUUAUGCAUCCCUUCGUCGAUCGAAGUUGAGGCACUAUUAGAGAAUAUUUUGAAAAAAACGCAAUUGUUACGAGGUAGAGCUUAGUUUUGCGUCAAUUUUUACCUAUCGACUGGAGCGCUCUACGAUCACAUUUGUGAUACAACGGAGUCGCCGCGCUUCCAGCCGUAUGGAAGAUUGACCAGCUGGGUUUCAAAAAUUUAUGGGGAAAGAAAGGAGCAGCUGUCUAAUACUUUACUAUUUUGUUCGAACAAGCACGACGUCAUGAUACAUGAUAUCACAACAACUACAACAUCACUUCUUGAUGCCUCUCUUGCAAAAACUACGCCAAAGCAGAUUUCUUUUGCCGAUAUUGAAAAUGUUGACUGAAUUGGGUUGUAAAUCUAGACGAUACACUGUUGACAACGACCCGCUGACAUCAUUGUGUCGGUAUUUUGGACCAGAAGUAUCAGAGAAGGGGGAUGAAUUUUUUCCACCACCAGUUACAGUUUACUAACUUGCAGCUUCCUUCGUAAAAACCUGUUGCUUCCACCUCACAAAGCUGAGUCGCGCGCGACCCCGUACGGAGUACGAAUAUUAUCUUUUUGUUUGCUGUUUGCCAAAGUACAGUAUCGCUAUGAUCGUGAAGAGAAAAACGGCGUUCGUUUUGGUUGUCGUCUUGAUGUUUUGAGCAUACAGUGGUCUACUUCUUCGCAACAUGUUUUAAUACCACGCAGCGCAGUAAUAUUGAGUGAGAAAGAACAUCAGCUUUUUCAAAUAAACCAUGAUGAAGCUUCAACUUGCAUUCAGAUGCUCGACCUGCCGUGCGUCGCCCAAAUAGAUGAACACGCUUGAAAAAAUACGUACACAUGUUCUAUCUUCUUCAGGCUUUGGUACAGGUAAGAUCUGCGCAAGAGGAGCAACAUGAAGAAUUUUUGUACACUAUGUCUGUUUAAUUGCACAUGAAAUUUCAAGAAAUGCACUGCAAUCAGGAUGCUGAAGAAUUUUCCACGAUAGAACAAAAUUUUGACCGACGCGGAUUACAUCGAGGAAAAGAUCCAGAAAUGCGAC